AUGAGUUCAUCCAAACGUGCCGCCAAACCUCCAUCCUUGACCUCAACUCCGGCUCGUCGAUCCUCUUCCUCUUCAUCAUCCUCUACCACCCGCACAACAUCUCCUGGUUCGACCCUUACCGAAGUGCUGCGCAAGAAUCCGUUCCGAGCAGGCUCCAAGGAGUCUCUCAUCCGUGCAGCAGAGCAAGAUGCGUCCGUAUCCUUGAAUAAGGACUUGUUGAUUCUCGCCGAGUUCUUCCCCGAUGUCAAAGUCGAAGUCCUUCGCGAGCUGCUGCUGCGGUUCGACGGCGACAGCAGGCUGCCAAUAUGUACCGAACAGCUUCACAAGUACAAGGCGGAAUGGGCUAAGGGCCGCUUGAACGUGCCGCCACGAGGCAUGGACGAUCCGAUUCCUACAGAGGAAAUGUUCCGAACGAAAGACUACAUCGACGGGGUCAAGUGGGCGGUCGGGCGUGAGUUCAGCGGACUGAGCAAGAGUGCAGUGGACGCAGUCCUUGCGGAAGCGAAUUUCUCGUACACCAAUGCUCGACCGAUCCUACAAGGGCUGGCAAACAAAUCGUGGAAAGUGGCGCUGACGAGCAUAUUCAAGAAGAAGAGGGCUCAGGAUGAGACGCCAUCUUCGCUGUUGGAUAGGACGAAGGCGGACCCAGGAGGACCCAGGCUACUUGCUUCUGGCUCCGAAGAACUUGACCACGAACUGGCGGCGCUUUUCGUGCACCCCGCGCAGUCGCAGCGAUCGAAGGACCAGCAGACCGUUGACCUCGAAUUUGCUCAGGCACUCAAUUUGCAAGAAGCCCAGGAAGCCAGUGCUUUGUUCGAAUGCCAGGUCUGUUACAACGACGUGCCGUUCGAAGAUGCAUCAAUAUGUACUCAAUCGGACCAUAUCAUCUGUUUAGACUGUGUCCGGCGAGCGCUGCACGAGGCCAUCUUCGGACAAGGCUGGGCGAAGUCCGUCGACGUGGAACACGGCGCCUUGAAAUGCCUGGCCAGUGAUACCUGCGAUGGCCGGAUCCCUCAAUCUCUCGUGCGACGGGCCGUCCUUCGUGAGAAAUCCGGGUCUGGGACAUGGUCACGAUUCGAGGACCGUCUGGCGCAACACAACCUGCAACAGUCCGGCCUACCGAUCCUGCGAUGCCCGUUUUGCUCGUACGCCGAAGCGGAGCAGAUCUACGACCGCAACUCGGUCGCAAGUACAUUGACGUGGCGCAUACGCAGACCCACGGGCAUCAAUACACUCACGCUGAUCCUCCUACUGGAACUCAUCCCCGCCUUAAUGUUCCUCUUGAUUCCAUUCCUGGUUCUCUUCCCCCACUACUUCAUCGCGAUCUUCUACACGGCGCUGGCCAAUCUGGCUCUCCAGAAACGCACGACGCGCUUCGUCUGCCGCCGACCAGGCUGCUCGCGCAAAUCGUGCCUCAAGUGCCUGAAAGCAUGGCACGACCCGCACGUCUGCCACGAGCCGCUGAUCGUAUCGCUGCGCACGACGGUGGAAGCGGCGCGCACGGCGGCCAUCAAACGCACCUGUCCGCGCUGCGGCACCAGCUUCGUCAAGUCGUCCGGCUGCAACAAACUCACCUGCGUGUGUGGUUACAGCAUGUGCUACCUGUGCCGCAAGAACAUCGGCAAGGCCGGCUCUUCGUCCCACUUCGAGGGCGGCGGCGAAGGCUACCGUCAUUUCUGCGAGCAUUUCCGCCCCACCCCGGGCGUCAAGUGCACCGAGUGUGACAAGUGCGAUCUCUAUCGUGCUGAAGACGAGGAUCUUGAAGUCCGCCGCGCUGGCGAAGAGGCCGAACGCCUCUGGAGGGAGAGGGAGGGCAUGGUCGGCGUCAAGGGCCUCGAGGAUGCCGUCGGUAAUGUCGCCGGCGAAGAUACUCUCUGGAAACGCUUUUGGGAUGGCAGGUGGACGGUCCAGGGCGUCGUGGAUGCCGUUGUCGAACGAUGUGUUGUGGUCGACAUUGACUGA